ACCCUUUUCCCCCGGACCCGGAGCCCCGCAGAAGGCCGCAGAACCAUGCCAGUCCUGAAGCAGCUGGGCCCGUCCUUGCCCAAGAAGCGAAUCGAGCGGGCCGCCAUCUCAGCCCCACUGGGCGACUUUCGACACACGAUGCACGUGGGGCGCGGAGGCGACGCCUUCGGGGACACCUCCUUCCUCAGCCGACACGGGGGCCCCCCGAAGCCCGCCCCGGGCCCUGGCCCCCCGCCACCCCCGGCCCGCCCGGGGGGACCCCCGCCGCCCCCGGGGGGACCCCCAACAGGGCCCCCCCCUGCCGACCCCUUCCUGUCCUUCCAGCUGGACUUGGGGCCCUCCAUCCUGGACGAGGUGCUGGGGGUCAUGGAGAGGGGGCACCAAGGUGGGCACCAAGCCGGGCCAAGCGCCCUCGACGGGGGCAGGGGGCAGGGGGCCCGCCUGCCCUUCGGCUCCGAGGAGGACCUGGAGGACGUCAUCGGCCUGUAGCCCCCUCCCCACCUCCUGCUGCUGCUGCUCCCCUCCAGACUCUCUUUUCUCCCCCCUCUAUCCAGCCCAG